AUGCCUUCUCCCAAUGCCCCCAUCUCCGCCACUUGGGCCGGCCGUCCACGCGGGCGCGACUCCACCGACUCCACCUUCGCCGUCCAUUUCGACGACGAGAGCCAACGCCAGCGCCAUUCCCACCCUCGUCACUCCUCCCUUCGGCCCGAGGACGCGCAGCUUCAUCAAACCCCCAGCAACGAGUUGCGGAGGCGCCGUUCGUCGCUCGCCGAUCGCGUGCACGCCCUGCGCUCCGCCGGUGGCCUCAACAGCUUCGACAACUUCACCCGAUCAUGGCAGCGCGCCGCCGGCUUCUACGAGGUCACGCCCGUGCGGCAGAGCUUCAAGUUCACAAACGCCCUUGUCGAUGGCGGCGUGGACGACUCGUCCUAUGAACCAGGUGAGAUUGAUACUUCACCAAUCUCCCACAGAUCCCUCCUGCGCGAGCAAUUGCAACGCGAGGAGGCCAUCUCGCCCCAACAGAUUCUCGAGGAGACCGACGACUCCGCCUUUCCUCCCGUACCUACCUCCCAUGGCCCGGCUGUCGACGAAGAAUCCCCGCUUCUCCACAAGACGUCGUCUCGGGUGCAGGAUGACAACAUCUUCACCAUCGAGCCUCAGCUCGCCUCGCCCUUCGGCGGCUCCUACGGCAGUACCUGGGGCUCACUGGCAUCCCGGGUAAACGAGCCUUCCAUGAGACAUGCCGGCAAGCUCUUCCGUCAGCAGCAACUCCAUGGAACCUCCGGCCCGGACAAGGAGCGCGAGCCGCUGCUCGUCGCCGCCGUGCAAGACGAAGAUGGCAAAGUUGUUAACGUGGUUGUAGGGCAAUCUACACUCCCACAAACCGUCUUCAACUCUGUUAACGUCCUCGUCGGCGUGGGUCUGUUGGCCCUGCCGCUCGCCAUGCGAUACGCCGGCUGGGUGAUUGGCGUGCUGUUUCUCUGCUUCGCCGCCAUCGCCACCUCUUACACCGCCAAGCUCCUCGCCAAGUGUGCGGAUGUGGACAACAGCCUGAUCACCUUCGCAGAUCUGGCAUACGUCUCAUUCGGCAAAAGGGCACGACUCUUCACUUCCCUCCUCUUCAGCAUCGAGCUCGUCGGCGCCUGUGUGGCCCUUAUUGUCCUCUUCGCCGACUCCCUCUCUGUCAUCUGGCCAGGUUCGGAUCUGAACAUGUGGAAGGGGGUGUGUGGGCUCAUUCUGCUCCCUCUCGCAUUCGUUCCUCUGCGCCUCUUGUCCUUCACCAGCAUCAUUGGUAUCAUCUGCACCUUUGGCAUUACCCUCAUCGUCUUGUUCGAUGGGCUCACCAAAAGACACGCUCCUGGCUCUCUACGGGACCCCGCCGUCACCUUCUGGUUCCCUAAAAACUGGAUGACACUCCCCGUGUCACUCGGCCUUCUGAUGUCUCCCUGGGGCGGCCAUUCCGUCUUUCCCAACAUCUACCGCGACAUGCGGCAUCCGUAUCGCUACCGGGAAAGCAUCAACAUCACCUACCUCUUCACACUCUUCCUCGACCUUCUCAUGGGCGUGAUUGGCUAUCGCAUGUACGGCGAAGACGUGAAGGACGAAAUCACUCGCAACAUCGCCGAGACGAACGGCUUCCGGCCCAUACUCAGCUGGGCGACAGUCGUUGCCAUCGCCAUUAUCCCCAUCACGAAGGUUCCACUGAACGCGCGCCCCAUCGUCAGCACGCUCGAGAUUUACCUGGGACUCGAUGCACGAGCAGUGGCCGACGAUGCCGCCCUCAUCGGCAUGUCCGGUCUGAAACGCGGCAUCUGGAAGAUUGGCAUCCGUGUCGCGUCCACCGCCCUCUUCGUGUUCCUCGCCAUCCUCAUCCCGAGCUUUGACACGCUCAUGUCGCUUAUUGGGAGCGUGGCGUGCUUCACCAUCUGCAUCAUCCUUCCCUGCGCCUUCCACCUGAAGCUGUUCCACAAGGACUUGAGUGGAUGGCACAAGGCGCUCGACUGGUCUUUGAUCGUCAUUUGCACCAUUCUCGCGCUCGUGAGCACGGCGUUCAAUUGCAUUCCUAAAAACGUUAGGGGCUUUUGA